GCAUCAUUCUUGACGUUUCGUCACGUGACUUGUCAAUUAACUGCAAUACAACACGGAUGUAUGAAUGAAACACAAUUUGUAAUGGAGACAAAUUAACGUGCAUUUGUGUUCUUGGAGACUUCAUUUUCGUUCAGAAUUUGGAUACAUUUCGUAAGCUAAGAUGUUGCAGUAUUAAAAUGGCUGCACCAUAUUAAAGACAAGGAGAUAACUCUGUUGGCAGCUGGGAGGAGAAAAGACAUAUUUAUAAACAUGGCGUGAUAUUAUACAAAGAACCGACCAGUAUGGGGCAUGUGCAAUCAAAAAGGCGGAGGGAUAAAAAGAGGAAGAAACUAUCCCAUUUGACAGAAAUAAUGAAAAGUGUGACGGCAGUCGGGGAUUCAGAAAAUAUCCACAAAGUUGCCGGCCAUAGGAUAUACCGUGAUUCAGUGAACUUGGAUCAGCUUUCGAACAGUAGUGGAUAUUUCUCGUCCAGUGAACCUUCUCCGAAUUCUGUCGGAGUUGAUGUGGAUUGGGUUCUAAGGAGUGAGGGUAAAAUGGGGAAUUCGGCCGGUUUUAGUGAUAAAUGCGGAAGUUAUGAUUACGAAGGAAACGAUUCAGGUAUGAGUCCAUUAGAGGAACUAUGCACCUAUAAAGGUCUCCCAUUAGACGAUCAUCCAGCUUUGACUAAACUCCAGAAUGAGCAAAAUGCUCGUUUAGAAAGCAUGGAGCAGAGGAUGACGAGAAUUCGGACAAACGCUCAACAGGCAUACGAUCGUAAAAAAUUUGCUCAUAUGUUUCGUGCUAAAAAGGAAGAUUCUAAGACGGAUAAAUUAUUACAAGAAGCUCGAGAUAUGCUUCAGCAGAACAUUGAAAUGAGAAAUUCAGGUCAGGAUAAACAAACUGAUUAUGCAGGGGAGAUAAUCCCUGUUCAAAUUGUGGAGUCAAGGGAGACAAGUGAACAGGAAGAUGAGAGUUAUCUCCAUUUGACUUCUUUUGGAUCUCUUCAGUUCAGUGAACCUGUGAUGUUAUUGAUCCUACCCUUCUUGUUACCUCUAUUUAUCAUUGUUGCAAUCAUUCGAGGCCUCUCCGAGACUUUCGGUUGGAAACAAACUGUGAAAGUGAAAAGUCGCCGGAAUUCAUAGUGAUUGGUGCAGAUCAGAAAUUGUUUUUUCGAUACCUCAUUAAAGUUUCUUCAUUCAUAAUAUUUAUUGGACAGACAAUGUUUUGUGUAUCUAUUUAGAUGUUUA